ACUCGUCAGUUGCAUUGCAUAUAUGAUACAUAUAUAAAUUUUAGCCGAAACCAAUUGGAAAGCACAGAGAGAGUGAGAGAGUGGCUGUGAUUCGCUUCAUCUCACCACUAUUGUGUCCUCAUCUGAAUCCACUCUCUCUCUCUCUCUCUCUUCUCUCAACCACACCUAUCUCUCCAUCCCGUCCUCUUCACACUCCAACACUCAAAGGGUUGGUGGAUGGUGUGUGUGUUUUUGUCCCAUAUAAGCAAUCUCGUGUGGUUCUGAAUCCCCGAAGAUUCGAUUCCCUUUUGCUUGUUCACAGAUUCAAUUUCUCAUUUCUUCCCCUCAAAACCAUCACAUAAAGGCAACACUCACCAAACUCAUUUUUUCAAUUUCUGGACCAUCUGGGGGUCUUAAUUACUUGAGAGGUUUUGCUUUGCUUUUGGGUGCCACCCAGUAUUUGUCAAAUGGGGGAAGUAGUCAAGGACUUGACCGCCGGGACUGUUGGAGGGGCAGCACAGUUAGUAUGUGGGCACCCAUUUGAUACAAUAAAGGUUAAACUCCAAAGCCAGCCUAAUCCACUCCCUGGACAACCUCCCAAGUUCUCAGGUGCUAUUGAUGCUGUCAAGCAGACAUUAGCUGCUGAAGGCGCAGGGGGUCUCUACAAAGGUAUGGGAGCUCCACUUGCCACUGUGGCAGCCUUCAAUGCUGUCCUCUUUGCGGUAAGAGGCCAAAUGGAGACGUUGUUGAGGUCUCAACCUGGUGCCCCACUUACAGUGGGCCAGCAGGUCAUUUGUGGGGCUGGGGCUGGAGUAGCUGUGUCCUUUCUAGCAUGCCCCACUGAGUUGAUCAAGUGCAGGUUGCAAGCCCAGAGUGCAAUGGGUGAUAGUGGCUCAGUGGGUGCCACAGUGAAGUACGGAGGACCAUUGGAUGUGGCCAAGCAGGUACUUAGAUCAGAAGGGGGUACGAGGGGUCUCUUCAAGGGCUUGGUUCCGACUAUGGCACGCGAAAUACCUGGAAAUGCUGCACUGUUUGGUGCCUAUGAAGCACUUAAGCAGUUCUUUGCUGGAGGCCAGGACACUUCUGGCUUGGGAAGAGGCUCUUUAAUUGUGGCUGGAGGCUUGGCUGGAGCAGCUUUCUGGGCCUCUGUCUACCCUACUGAUGUUGUCAAGAGUGUAAUUCAGGUAGAUGAUUACAAAAAUCCGAAGUUUUCGGGCUCAAUUGAUGCGUUUAGAAAGAUCCUGGCCUCAGAGGGAGUCAAAGGCCUCUACAGGGGCUUUGGACCAGCUAUGGCUAGAAGUGUUCCAGCCAAUGCAGCGUGCUUCUUGGCAUACGAGGUUACAAGGUCGAGUUUGGGAUGAUAAUUUGGGGCUUUUUGGUGGUUUUGAACUUAAUGAUUUCAGUCAUCUUCAUUUCCUGAUGCAGAAGCCAUUUUUCUAUACAUUGAACUUGUGGUUCGGUACUAGGAUCCUCCACACUUUGUAAUAACAGCUCUGUUGCCGGAGGAAACAUUCUUUUACCAAUCAUAUUGCGUUCACUGAUUUUUUGUGCGUCA